AAUGGUAUUUCUAGUUCUAGAUCCCUGAGGAAUCGCCACACCGACUUCCACAAUGGUUGAACUAGUUUACAGUCCCACCAACAGUGUAAAAGUGUUCCUAUUUCUCCACAUCCUCUCCAGCACCUGUUGUUUCCUGACUUUCAAUGAUCGCCAUUCUAACUGGUGUGAGAUGGUAUCUCGAGACUCCCUUCUUCUGUAACUUGAAAUACAUUAAUAUAAAAGGGGAAAUUUAUUUUAAAGGAAGGGUCAAAUUUAUUUCCUGCAAAAGAUGAUGAUGUUUCCUAAUGUCUGCUCUUGCUCUUCUCUGCUUCGGAAAGCAUUGAAGGACAGCUAAGAUAUUUGAAGGAUGUGUAUUGCAUUUAUUUAUAAUGCACAUAUUCGGAAAAUAAAUAGAUCUAAGUCACUGGAUGUAAAGACAUAGCUUCUAAGCAUUUAACAUACAAUACUUUUUUGGGUAGGCAGGUGACAUUGUCACUCAUUUAACCCUAUGUGAUGUGUUAUCUUUCUCAGCUAUGCCUCAGCCUUGGGGAACACACUUUACAUAUGGGGAUGGUGAGACAUACUAAUGAAAGCAACCUAGCAGGUUUCAUCCUUUUAGGGUUUUCUGAUUAUCCUCAGUUACAGAAGGUUCUAUUUGUGCUCAUAUUGAUUCUGUAUUUACUAACUAUUUUGGGGAAUACCACCAUCAUUCUGGUUUCUCGCCUGGAACCCAAGCUUCAUAUGCCGAUGUAUUUCUUCCUUUCUCAUCUCUCCUUCCUGUACCACUGCUUCACCAGCAGUGUUAUUCCCCAGCUCCUGGUAAACCUGUGGGAACCCACAAAAACCAUCACCUAUGGUGGCUGUGCAGUUCACCUUUACAACUCCCAUGCCCUGGGAUCCACUGAGUGCGUCCUCCCGGCUGUGAUGUCCUGUGACUGCUAUGUGGCUGUCUGCCGUCCUCUCCAUUACACUGUCUUAAUGCAUACCCAUCUCUGCAUGGCCUUGGCAUCUGUGGCAUGGCUCAGUGGAAUAGCCACCACCCCGGUACAGUCCACCCUCACCCUGCAGCUGCCCUUCUGUGGGCAUCGCCAAGUGGAUCAUUUCAUCUGUGAGGUCCCUGUGCUCAUCAAGCUGGCUUGUGUGGACACCACGUUUAACGAGGCUGAGCUUUUUGUGGCUAGUAUCCUUUUCCUGAUAGUGCCUGUCUCAUUCAUCCUGGUCUCCUCUGGCUACAUUGCCCACGCAGUGUUGAGGAUUAAGUCAGCUACCGGGAGACAGAAAGCAUUCGGGACCUGCUUCUCCCGCCUGACAGUGGUCACCAUCUUUUAUGGAACCAUCAUCUUUGUGUAUCUGCAGCCAGCCAAGAGUAGAUCCAGGGACCAGGGCAAGUUUGUUUCUCUCUUCUACACUGUGGUAACCCCCAUGCUUAACCCUCUUAUUUAUACCUUGAGGAUCACGGAGGUGAAAGAGGCAUUAAAGAAAGUUCUAGCAAAUGCUCUGGGAGUAAAUAUUUUAUGAUUAUUAAAAAAAAGUUUAAGUGACACUGUGAUGAAUUUUUUUUUUUUGGUAAAAAGUAGCAUCUUUUAAUAAGAGGCUUUUUAAUGGGCUCUUCUCACAUUUUCUUUUGAUUAAAUAUUUGUACAACAUUUUGUAUUAUGUAAAAUACUAUGGAAUAUGUCUACAUACAUACAUGAAACAUAUGUCUAUAAAGUCGCAACUUGGCCAUUACCCAGUAGCAGUAUAAGGUGAGUCCUUUAGUCAAUCUAUGCUUCAGUGCCUUUGCUGCAGAAUAUAUCAUUUGUGUAGUACAUUUGAAACUACUUUUAAAUAAAUACUUUACUGGAUUAAGAUAGACAUGAACAUAUUCAAGAAAUGUUUAUGUCAGCCAACUUUUUUUUUUGGUUGCUAAUAACGCAUUAAUCUCUGAGCCUUCCUGUAGAUGGACACAUAGCUUAUUCUUUUCCAAGAGUGUAGCUGAGAUGCAUGCGUGUUGAACAAGCUGUAAUGAGGCAAAUUUUUAAAUUGCACCCUAUAUGCCAUCCUCUUAACAUGUGGAAGAGAUGUGUAGACAUGCAAAUGCAACACAAAGACAAAGGGCACACUUUAAAGGUGAUGUGGAAAGUAGAUGAAAGCCCAGUUCUCUGGUUGUGUAGUUGCAUCAAGAAAUAGUUUGAAUUGCCUAACACUGGAGUCUCAGUCUAUAGAAAAAACACAGCUGUAAAAUUUUCUGUGGCUCACAUGGAUACACAAAUAAUAACACAUUGUUAUUAUAACUGCAUUUCUGUAUAUGAAACAUUUUCAUAAUUUUGAGAUAUAUCUUCCAGAUAAAACCUUCACCAAAUUGUUUACAUUAUUUGCACUAAAAUACUGAACUUCAUUUCCCAUGGCUUCACUCUAAAUGGCCCAUACCAUUCUUUUUCUGGAAAUAAGGAAUUUUUGCAUUUUGAGUCUAGAAAACGUUGUGUGAACUCAUGGUAUUAUACUUCCUAUUUCACUGCAUUAUAGCAGGCAUUGGGUUGUAUACUCUGUAGUAGGAAACUAUGUCCUCUGUUCAAACUUACAUCAAAAUAAAUAAAUGAAUUCAGUGAGAUGAGGAAGGAUAUUGUAGAAGGGUCUUUUAAGUCCAAAUGUGGUGAUCAUUUUAAAAAUAGUAUUAAACGUUAGAGAAUGAGUUGUUGUUUAUAACUCUUCGGAAGCAGAGGCAUAAUUAGUAAGAUAAUGCACUGUAUGGCUUCUGUCCUUUGAGUGUGUAUCCUUUCAGUGUCCCUCAGUUGUUUAUUUACAGUUUGUUACAUUUUUGAUGUGCAAGUACUGAAUAUCACAUGCAGUGCUAGUUGCUAAGUAUAGGGAAAAAACUAGAAAUAAACGGUAUAUACCCACCCUGAACUCAUUGC